AUGCCUAAGGAGGUCGCUGAUAUCAAGAAGUUCAUCGAGAUCUGCCGUCGCAAGGACGCUUCGUCCGCGCGGAUCAAGAAGAACAAGAAGGCCCACAACAUCAAGUUCAAGGUCCGAUGCCAGAAGCACCUCUACACCCUGGUGCUGAAGGACAACGACAAGGCCGAGAAGCUUAAGCAGUCCCUUCCUCCUAACCUGCAGAUCGCAGAGGUUUCUAAGAAGAACUAA